AUGGCCACCGGCAUGAUGUCCACCGCCGACCUCGAAUCCAAAAUCCGGCAAGCGGCCGUCAAAAACCGCGAGCUCCUGUUCACCCUCUCCUCCACCAACCACGCCGUGCCCGACCUGGCCCAGCAGCGCCGCCUCAUCGCCGACCUCGAGCACCAGCUCGCCGCCUCCGACAAGCACGUCAAGGAGCUCGACACGCGGCGGCGCAAGGAGCUCAAGGACCACGAAAAGUACCGCGACAGCGUCAUGCGGCGCUUCGUGCACAAGGCCGUCGGCAAGCGCGACAAGUUCGACGAGAAGGCCGCGCGCGAGGAGCGCGAGUACUUUGACGUGCUGCAGGAGGAGCACCGCGAGAAGGAGAUCAACAAGAACCUGCGCACGCAGCUCGACGAGGCGACGCGCGCGCGACAGCCGCUGGAGGAGGCCGCACGCACACACGAGGAGGCGCAGCGGGAGCUGGACAGUCUGUACGAGGCCAUCUUCGCGGGGCCGACGACCGGGUACCCGGAGGAGGACGCCAGGGAGCAGGAGGCCUCGCGGGCGAUGCGGGCGUACCAGGACACGAGGAGCAAGGCGGAGGCGGAGCAGCAUGCGAUCAAGCUGUUGAUGGACGCGAUGAAGCGGAUGGGGGACGCGCUGAGGAAUAUAGACGAUGCGCUGAGCCAUUCGCGGAUGGAUAUGUUUGGGGGCGGGACGAUGUCGGAUAUGAUGGAGCGGAGCGCGCUGCAGCGUGCCGAGUCGGCGACGCAGGAGGCGAAGAUGCUGGUGAUGCAGGCGCAGCGGAUGACGCCGUAUAUCGGGGAUCUGCCGCCUGUUAAUAUCAAUCACGGAAACCUCAUGGGGGAUGUGUUGUUUGACAACAUCUUCACGGAUAUGGCGUUCCAUGACGAGAUCAAGAAGUCGAGGAUGUCGGUGGAAAGAUGUACGCAGACGCUGAGCCGAUUCCUGCAUGAGACCAGGGACCGGCACGAGAGGUUGAUGAGGGACGGGAGGGAGCGUGAGAGACGGCUUGAUGAGACGAGGGAGGCGCUUCAAAAGGAGCGUGAAAGAUUAUUUGAGAUUAUUGCUGGCAAUGCGGCUGAAGGGAAGGGUUCGUAUGGUGGGGUCGCUACUGCUUCAGGCUCAAUGUCUAAACCGUGGGAUAACUGA